AGUUGGCCUGUCAAGUGUUGGCCUACAAAUUUGUCAAUUAAAAUGAACAGCUGUCCAUAAACAUUAUUUUUAUUUAUUCAUGAUUGAUUUGUAACAUUGAAAAGUGUUCGUUAAAUCUGUACUAAGAUUAGUGGCUGUUGAUUUAAAAUAUUAUCUUGUAGUUUAAGUUCGAGUAUGUCGAUACCUCCACUAGUUUGCAGUACUCCUCCACCUCCCGAACAGUGCGAGGAUGACAAAGACCACGAAGAUUUUGAUUUGCAAUACAAUUUGUCUCCAGAUGAUGAUGAGGACAACAAUGAGUUUAACUAUGGUAACUAUACCACUUACAACUAUCAAACCGCAACAGAACCAGUAGGAGAUAUACAAUGGCCCCAUAAUGUAUCAGAAACUACAGACAACAUAGACAAAUUCAGUAUUAAAAGUGAAAUUAACAGUUGUGAUAACAUUACUCCAAUUAGUUUGAACAAUGAUAAUACCUCUAAAGUAGAAGAAGCAAUAAUUGAAGACUUAAAUUUAAUUAUUGACAAAGAUAAUAUAGAUUCCACAGAUUUAGAACCAUGUUCAAAACUGGAAAGUAAUAAAGAUGAUAGUAGUGCGAGUUCUGAUAAUGAUUCGAGGAUAAAAGAGCAUGGUAAUAGUGAUGUGGAACCAGAGGAUUUAGCACCGACAUUGGAAUCAAAUGAAAGCACCAGUGGUUCUCCAUAUUUUAAUGAAGAAAUCUGUGACAAGGAAACGCAGGUAAUAGAAGUCUGCGAUGUAGAUAUGAAUGAAACAACUAUGGUUAACGAAAUUAAUACAGCUGAGACCACAACCGCAAGAGAUAAUUUAGCUUCAGUAAAAGGUUCAGAAGAAAAUGUAAUUGAAAGUGAAAAUGUCGCCGAUGUUAAUAAAACUGUAGUUAGUGAUGAUGACUUUGGUGAUUUCGAAGACUUCCAAUUUACAAAUACACAGAGAGAGCAAGUUCUUCCGAUUAGUAGUGAAAAUCCAUGGGACGAUACCUGUGGGAGUCCAGCUUUUGUUGAAUUUAAGGCAAACUUUGAUAAUAAUGAAAUAGCAUCUAAAGACAGUUAUGAUGUGUCUCCAGAGAUUGAAGAACCUAAAGUAGAUGAUGAUGAUGAUGAUUUUGGGGAUUUCGAUGAUUUUAAAUCAUCCGAACCAGUCAAAGAAACAACGGAAGAUGUGAAUGAUCCUACACCAGUAUUUGAUGUCAGUUUACCCGAUAAUGAAUUACAAAUAUGUGAGAGCAUAAGUGGAUUGUUAACUCCGAUAUUUGCUGAGGAGAUAUUAGAGCCUGAUGAUGAAAUUGUCGGAAAACUGGAAUCAUUUUUAAGCGAAACAUGGGGACACUUGAUUGACAUUGAUGUGAGACAACCUUAUAUGGUCAAUUGGAACAACUCAUUAGGUCAGAAGACUCUUCUAAAAGCAUUGUGUAUAGAUUCAAGAAAUAUUCUCUUUGGACCUAAAUGGCAUUAUAACAUGCCGAAAUAUGCUGCUAAUUUAAGUGCAGCACCACUUCAGCCACAGAAGCAAAUCCAACAGUCCAAUUCUAUCAACACCGACUCAAGCGAGAAGACCAACAAGGAACCCACCACCUGGGUAGACCCAUUCACACAAGACGGACAAGAAUCUUGCAAUACAGAAAAUGAAAGCACCAUUGAACCGGCUAAACGACCAACAGAUCUGGAUGUUUUUGGGGACACACCGACACCGAUGAAUAAAAUCUAUUCUAGCACCAUUAAGGUUCAACCAGUGAGACAUAUCAAUUUACCAGACACGCAUAUAUUUACACCGACCGAUUCAGAAACGCCGAGAUCCAAAACAAUACAUUACGACACUGAAUCUAAUCCGGUCCCCAUUCCCAUGAUAGAGAACGGUAAAAACGAAGACAAUCCAUCUUCUGAUAAUACAGAAAUCGAUAAUGAGUAUUGGGAGUUUCAAGAUUUCAAAGCUCAGAAUGAAGUGGCUUCAAUAGAAAUGAUUCAAGCAACGGAACUCAAAACUGAGCCCCAACCACCUGUGAAUGCUGUACCAAAUCCGAGUGUAACAUAUCAGACACAGAUUUUACAACCGAUUAAAAUGGAGCCGGUUAUGCCAACAUUGAACUGGCCUGAUCCGGGAGAAGUUAAAGAGACAUUUGAUGAUUUCUCUGAUUUCAUAUCAAACAGCACCUGGAAUACAGAUAAAGGGACUAAUCCAUCAGUUCUAGACAAAAAAGUUGAUGAAGAUGCUAAAGAGACUAAGGAAGUAAAUACAAUUAAAUUAGAUUGUAUCGAUGAUGAUUUUAAUACAUUCCAAACUGCCCCAGCUUCGACUGUGACCAAUGAUUUUUUAGAUACUUUUACAUCCCCACAAAUCGUCUCACAAAACUUUAUUCCCAAAAUUACACCAGAUAACAAUAAAACGAUUUUAUCAGAGAGCAAAGACAAAAAUGUUGACCAUAGCAGCAUGAAAAUGGAAACUAAAAGUCCCUCAUUAAAAGCUAGUGCCACCGACAGUAUGUUCAAGCAAAUGCCCAACAAUAAUCCCAUUAAACAUCUCACUUCUGACAUAUUACAGCCAACCAAUGCAAGCACUAGUGGGUUCAAUAGAAAUCAACAAAAUUCAGUUCAAAUACUACAACCGUUGUCCUUAGAAGGUUACUCUCAAAUAAAUUGGCCUAACCCUGGAAUAGAUUUACAAGAUCUAUCUAGAUUCAAUCCAGUUGACAGCGUUCAUACAAUUAAGAAUGAUGGCAGUGUUAGUGGGAACAGUAAAGGGUCAUCACCGGCCCAUAAUGUCAGUGUGGUUCACAAAGAAACACCAGAGGAUGAUAUUUGGGGUGAUUUUGUAUCAAGUGUCCCAAAACCUCAGACGGCAACAGCGAAGACAGUUCCAACUUUCCUUGAUGACGAUGAGUGGACAGACUUUGUAUCCAGUCCAUCAGUUAAACCUGUCAACGGCUUGAGUACCAUAAGUUUGAAUGUGCACACCAAUUUGAACAUGCAUAAAACAAACACUAACAAAUUGGCUAGGGCCAAUCAAAUGCAACUCGACAUUCCACAACUGAAUUACAUCACACCCAAGUCUAAUAACCGGGGCAUAUACACAGAGAAACAUUUCCAAAAUUUAUAACAGUACUGCAACUAUGUUUAUCUCAUGACUUUGUACUUAACGUAGUGUAAGUGAUAUGUAAAUAGUGGCGGUGAUGGUAAAUUACAAAUGUAUGAUCAUUUUUACCAAUAUUAAAUUUAUUAUUUAUUAUAAUGUUCAAUUCGUAAUUAUUGUUUGAUUAUAUUUUAGGUGAUAUGUAUUAAUUGAAUUAUAAUAUAACUCAUGCCCGUCCUUAGUAUUAUGAUUAUUUCAAUUUUAAUUUAAUUUUUUUUUUUUUAUUUGUUUAGAAACAUCUGUAAAAUAUGUAAUUUUAUGUGAUAAAGCUUUCAAUUAGGUAACAUUAUUAUUUUGAAAGAAGCAAUACCUAUUUAUUGUUUAGAUAUAAAGUAUUAAAUCAUCUGUAUAUAAUGUCAAAAGUGUAUAAAAUGUAAAAAAAAAAAAACAUCACAUUAAAAUAAUAUACUGGA